GUUUCAGUAGCUCUGCAGUGUAGAAGAGAAACGCCAUGGCUGACAAGAUCCUGAAGGUAAAGAGGAAGCAAUUUAUCCAGUCUGCGACUGAAGAGACAAUAAAAGGAUUGCUGGAUGAACUUUUAGAGAAGAGAGUAUUAAACCAGGGAGAGAUGGAAGGAAUACAGCAUAAUAAUAGGACGGUUAUGGACAAGGCACGAGACCUGUGUGAUCAUGUCAUUAAAAAAGGACCCAAGGCAAGCCAAAUCUUCAUCGCUUGCAUUUGUGAUGAAGACUGCUACCUGGCAGAAAGGUUGGAGCUCCAAUCAGAAACAAAAGAAGAACAGAACAAAGAAGGUGGCACACUUCCAGGACUGAGUGGGAGCCUCAAGCUUUGCUCUUUAGAAAAAGUCCAGAAAGAAAAUCCUUCAGAGAUUUAUCCAAUAAUGAAUACAACACGCCUUGCCCUCAUUAUCUGCAACAUAGAGUUUGAUCACCUUCCUCAGAGGGUCGGAGCUGAUGUUGACCUCAGAGAAAUGAAGUUGCUUUUGCAGGAUCUGGGGUAUUCUGUGAAAGAAAAAAAGAAUCUCACAGCUCAGGACAUGGUGAAAGAGUUGAAAGAGUUUGCUGCCUGCAAAGAGCACAUGACUGCUGACAGUACUUUCCUUGUAUUCAUGUCUCAUGGUAUCCAGGAGGGAAUAUGUGGGGUCACAUACUCUAAUGAAGUUGUGGAUAUUUUAAAGUUUGACACAAUCUUUCAAAUGAUGAAUACUUCGCAGUGCCCAAGCUUGAACAAUAAGCCCAAGGUGAUCAUUAUUCAGGCAUGCCGUGGAGAGAAAGAAGGAGUGGUUUUGUCAAAAGACUCAGUAGGAGACUCUGAAAAGGAAUUCUUAACGGAUGCAAUUUUUGAAGAUGAUGGCAUUAAGAAGGCCCAUAGAGAGAAAGAUUUUAUUGCUUUCUACUCUUCAACACCAGAUACUGUGUCUUGGAGACAUCCUGUCCGGGGCUCUCGUUUCAUUGAGUCACUCAUCAAACACAUGAGGAAAUAUGCCUCAUCUUGUGACUUGGAGGACAUUUUCAGAAAGGUUCGAUUUUCAUUUGAACAACCAGAAUCUAGGUUACAGAUGCCCACCACUGAAAGGUUGACCCUGACAAAACGUUUCUACCUCUUCCCAGAACAUUAAAAUAAGAAUCCAGGAGUUCAUUCUUAUGUACCUGUGUUGGGAAUCAUGCCAAUAAGAAGCCAA